AUGAACAUACGCGAAUUACUUUUACGUGGUAUCUAUGACUUUGGUCUCGAACGUCCUAGAUAUGUUCAACAAUGUGCUCUAAAACCGUGUAUUUCGGGUUACGAUGUGAUUGUGCAAGCACCAUCAGGCAUGGGCAAAACGAUAACUUUCAUCAUUGCACUUUUACAACAGCUCGACACAGAAUGCAAAGACUGUCAAGCAUUAAUUCUGGUACCAACGCGUGAAUUGGCUAAAAAUAUCCAUAGAGUCGUUUUAGGACUGGGUGAACAUAUGAAUGUGACAUGUCAUGCUUGUAUUGGUGGUGCGAAUCUUCAUGAGGAUAUGAAACAACUUGAAUCAGGUGUCCAAGUUGUUGUUAGUACACCCGGUCGGAUCUAUGAUAUGUUAAAGAGAUCAGUACUUCAUAUCCAAUAUAUCAAAAUGUUCGUAUUGGAUGAAGCUGAUGAGCUUUUAUCGCGCGGUUUUAAAGACCAAAUCUAUGAUAUAUUUAUGAUGCUGCCAAAACAUGUUCAGGUCAUUGUUGCAUCGGACACAAUGGCCUUCGAUUUACUCGAAAUUGCAGCUAAAUAUAUGAAUGAUCCUGUAAAAGUUCUUAUCAAGAGAGAAGAACGAACGCUCGAAGGUAUUCGUCAAUUUUAUGUAAAUGUCGAACGUGAGGAAUGGAAAUUAGAUACAUUAUAUGAUUUAUUUGAUACAUUAACGAUCACACAAACUGUUAUCUUUUGUAAUACGCGUCAAAAAGUCGAUUCGUUAACUGAAAAACUACGUGCACGUAAUUUAACUGUGUCUUCUCUGUAUCUUGAUAUGGAUGCACAACAACGUAAUGAUGCCAUAAAAGAAUUUCGAACAGGUUCCAGUCGAAUCUUGGUUAGAACUGAUAUGCUAGCAGGUGAUACUGGUAUUCCACAAGUUAGUCCUAUUAUCAAUUAUGAUCUACCGACUAAUCGUGAGAGCUAUAUUCAUCGUAUUGGACGUAGUGGUAGAUUUGGUCGAAGAGGUACAGCUAUCAAUUUCAUUACCAAUGAUCAACAACAAACAUUAAAACACAUUGAACAAUAUUAUAAUACACGAAUCGAAGAACUACCCAUAAACAUUGAUGAUUUGAUUUAA